UUGAAAGCUUCAGCAAAAGUUGCAGAUGGCCCCUGAAUGAAAAGUAAUGUCCUGCUUGGUUAAAAAAAAUAAUAGCUGCUCUCCAGAAACAACUGUGUCAUCUCUUCUAGCAAGUGGUAACUUUAAAAGUGGCCAUGACUCCUUGAGUCACGGUUCAGUCCAAUACAAGGACAAAUUGUAUAGCUCUGCAUCUCAAGCUUUAGAGGCCUACAUUAAAGAUUUUGAUCUCAAUCUUUCAUCGCCAGAUGUCAGACCUGGAAAAAUUGAAAUUCUUUGGAGGGCUUCUGAAAAUUUCAGGUCCUCAAAGGAUGAUUUUGAGACCAAGAGUGAAAAUGCCAAGCAGCAUAGACGUCUGGGAAGAAGAAUUGUUUAUGAGCCAGAUAUAGUCAGUCUGACUACAGAUGAUCUUUUAGCAUUACCUGCAGAUGGUUCCCUCUCUUUCAGGAUCUCUAGGUCAUUAGCUCAGAGAAGCAAUGUGAACAGGAGGUCCUGGACAACAUCUGCUUCUUGUUCUCAUCCCUGGACUUCAUCCUUCCACGAUAAAGAAAAAGAAGAUUCUUUGAAAAAUUCCUUGCUUCCCUCUUCAUACCAUGAAGCUGGCAGAAAAAAGGGUACACGAUAUAAAUUUCCAAAACAUCAUUCUGUGCUGCCGGGGAAUGACCAGCUUGCCAACCGAGAGACCAUGCUUCAUAAGAAUUAUCCAAGAUGGCUAACAAGCCAUAAAACUGAGUUGAGCAUUUCAGACCUCAGUAGUAUUCCUGAAUCCAAAUAUCCCAUCUGGCUGAAGAACCACAAUCUCUUAUUGGAUUCAAGUAAUGAAAAUUCUACACAGACCUCACAUCUGUUUUUGCAAGAUAAUCAGGAGUUGAUGGAGUUUCAAAAUAUUAAAAGACAUAAUGAUAUGUUGAGCCUAAAGCAUGAAUGUGAUACUCAAUCAAAUUGCCCAAAAGAUUCUCCAAGUGCCUGUUUUCUACUGCAGGGCUUAAGAGAGCACAAGGAUCCGCUUAUAGAUGACACAGAGAAACUAAUUCAGAAAGCAAGGAGGGCGCUGGAACCUUCAGCUGAGCAAUCAACCAGUCUCCUGAAAAAUGACGGCAGUCCAUGUACAGUGGAUAUUCUAGAAGCAGAAAGAGUGUGGGAUAACGUUCCAAUUGGUUUAAAAUCUCCGGUACCUAUAUCCUGUGUGGAGGAGAAUUCUCCACCAAACCCCAAGGCCAGCAUGGUCAAUAACUUUUUAGAAGACUGUUUGCAGAAUGGUCAACAGGAGAGUACUUUUUCGGGUGGAAAUCAUCAUGGUCCUGUAGAAGCUUUGAAACUUAUGCUGUUUAACCUUCAAGCCGUUCAGCACAGCUUUCACAAAAACAAAUCUGACAGAUCAAAGGAAGAGUCCCCCAAAGUUUCAAGUGAAGAUGAAGAUUUCAAGUUAACCGAUUGUGAUAUGAUCCCUGUGGCCCAGUCUCUUCAGAGAGCUUUGCAUCAUUUAGCUCGACUUAAAGGAUUGGUGAACGAUACAAGUGGUAGAGAAGAACCAACAGAAUCGCUCAAGACAUGAAGAAGCAUUGAUCAUAAAUAUAUCUACAAAAUAAAUAUAAUUUAAAACAUCAAUUGAAUGGAGGGGCAUGUAUUAAGACACUCGUGAACUUCUGAACUCAGCUUUUUUCCAAAUCUUGUAUUUCUGUAAAUAAGAAUGUAUCUAACUAGUCUCCAGAGGCAUGUUAUCUUUUAUGAAACUUUGCCAGGCCCUAAGGAAAUGUGCAAAUUAUAGAAAAGGGUUGCUCUACUUUGAGACUGUUACUUCCUUAAUAGCUGUUUUCAUCCUAGCUUGGUAGAAAUAGUGAGCAGCACAGGCAUCUGCUAAAGAAAAAAGCAAGCUUUAAGCUCUGAAAACUAAUUUUAUAAUUUUUUACUAUUCCUGAUAACAGAGGCCAGAAUACAAAUGAUUGUUAUUAAAUCAGA